AUGUCGCUGCCUUUGCUUGUUAAUGGUGCGGACUGUGGCCCUGUGAAUCCCCUGCAGGGCUUGUCCAAACGGUUUGACCAGGAUCGUGGCAUCCAGCAGGAUCAUUUUGGUGCUGGGAGAGCUGGUCCUUCGAGAGAGUCUUUCCGCUCGCAAUACUCUGCAGCAGCAGAUGUCUCCCAGGACGCAGCGCGAUUUUUCUCUAGUCAUUCGGCUCCGCCUCUUGCGAAUGGUUCUGCGCCAUUCGACCUGAACGCGUUGCACGCAUCGCUGCCCACCUCGCAUUCCCAGUCGCUGGCCGCACUAACUCCUCAAAGGCAUAUACCCAUACAGUCUUCAUCUGCGGCUUGGGCUGUAGACUUUUUGUCGCAACCUUCGAAGCAACAGACACUCCCCGUGCACGGGGCUAGCGCCUCUACACAGAUACAGCCAACCCAGAGUUCAAGUACUCACAGUCCGCAACAGUUUUCUCCAAAUGGUCUGGCACCCAAUCUUCGCGGUUGGACCCCAAUGUCCAUGGGGUACAAUGCUGCCGGAUUCAUGGGAGUCGCUGGGCCAGCAUUUCACACCCCUGUUCAGACGCCCGGAGCUGCGUUGAGUUCUGAUGCAUCACAGUGGGACCGGGAAUUUGAAUCUCAGGUGGCCUCAUUGAAUCCAGGGGAAUCUGUUGCUCAACCGCUGGAACAAAUUCAGCAGGAUCAGACUCAAUCUCGUAUCCAUGAUGCAGAUGAGCUUGCACGCACUGCUGGUCGCUUGAUGGAGACAGUGCGGGAAGAACCGAACCCAAAAUUCAAGAACAGUCAAUUUUUAGGGCUAAUGCGCCAAUUGCGCGAUGGAGAGGUGGUCGUUGAAGGUGACAAAAUGGUUUCCAGGGAGUCUGCGCGGUCAGAUUCAGCCGCCGUUGGAUGGACGAACGAUUCUCAGGGUACCACCGACGUAAAGGGCAAAGGUCGUGCACUCCCCACUUCGCCUCUCUCUGGUAUCUCUAAUGAGACGACGGCCUCUUAUCGACCUCAAGCUGCAAUACCGAUGACCCGGGAUGGACAAAUCUUCAAUGAGACAAAUGCAGUGAUCGAUGGUUUUACGGAAAAUCCAAUCGACGCUUACUUACGUAGUGAGAACGAGGACUACAUCGAAUUGCAGCGUGUUUUUCAUUCAGUUUCAGAGGCGUCGAAUAAGGGCAACGUCGCCGUUCAUGGACAAGACGCGGACUGGGGUAGGCUCCAGAGCGACUGGGACGUCUACGAGGCAACUGCUACUGGAGUCCGCCCACUUGCCCACUACCGGUUCCAAGCGCAUAACCCAUAUGUCCUUGGAGAGGCCUCGAGAACGGACGACGUGUCGCGUACAAGCAUAAGGACUGCUUUGUUCGAAAACGUUUUAGAGCUUGAGGCUGCGGUACAACGUGAUCCGACCAAUGCUCUCCGUUGGUAUGAAUUGGGUGUUAAGCAGCAAGAAAACGAGCGCGAGCAGAAAGCAGUGCAAGCUCUACGCCGCGCAUUGGAGCUCGACCCUUCGCAUUUAUCAUCGUGGCUUGCUCUUGCGAUAUCUCACACCAACGAGGCCAACCGCCAAGGUGUUUACGAAGCAGUACGGGAAUGGGUUGAUCGUAACGAACGCUAUCACUCUGCAGUUCAGCAGUUCCGAGCAUUGAAUCCUAUCACGGAUGAUAUGGUACCAUUAGAACGUCUGGAGAACUUGACACAGUGCUUGAUACACAUGGCGCGCAGUGCUGCGGGCACCGAGAUUGACGCUGAUAUCCAAAUAGCACUGGCUGUUCUCCUCAAUACAGCUGAGGAUUACCAGAGAGCGCGGGAUUGUUUCAAUACUGCUCUGGCCGUGCGCCCAGAGGACUGGUUGCUAUACAACAGAGUGGGCGCCACUCUCGCAAAUAGUGGCCACCCGGAAGAAGCGCUACAAUAUUAUCACCGAGCGUUGGAGUUGAACCCUACCUACAUCCGUGCCAGGUUUAAUCUGGGAAUAUCAUGCAUCAACCUGCGACGAUACGAAGAAGCGGCUCAAAACAUUCUAGACGCUCUUCUGUUGCAAGACAGCGACAGCGUGGCUGAUCAGAGCGGCGCCGGAGAGAAGCGUGGCGUCACUUCUAGUGCACUUUGGCAAAGCCUGAAAACAUGCUGUAUGCACAUGCAGAGAAUCGAUCUGACUACCCUCUGCGACAGGGAGGAUUUGGAGGCCUUCCGGUUGAACUUCCAUCUUGGAUAA